AUGGCCAAGGAUGAGCCGCUGGACGAGAAGUUCAGUUACCUGCUUCAACAGGAAAUCAAGGGCUACAACCUACGGCUGAAGAAAUGGUUCGACCUGGAAGUUUACCGAAUCUCCGAAGUCGACUGGAACGUGGAGGCGUUUGAAAACCUGCUCAUCGAACGAAAAGCCCGAAAUCUCAUCCUAGCACUGGUCAGCAAUCAGAUAGGGGCGGAGAGAUCAACGGGUCUCAUUGCUGGCAAGGGAAAUGGCCUCAUCUUGCUGUUGCAUGGUGGACCAGGCACAGGCAAAACCCUGACUGCUGAGAGUGUUGCCGAAAUAGCCCAGAAGCCGCUGUAUCGUGUGACCUGUGGAGAUGUGGGUACAAAAGCAGAAGACGAUGAGAAGUAUCUUGAAUCGGUCCUCCAUCUUGGCAAGAUAUGGGGCUGUGUCGUCCUGCUUGGCGAAGCUGAUUCUAGGCCAAUACCAACCAUUAACGGGUGUGGGAGAACUUCAUCAGGCGUCUCGAGUCCUUUGGUGACGACAAGAUUGAUACGGCCGAUCUUCGCCCACCACUUUGAGGAUUUGAGCAAGGAGAAGAUGAAUGGUCGACAGAUCCGAAAUGCCAUCACCACCGCCAGGCAAUAUGCCGAAUGGCAAUCUGGACAAUCGAAAGAUGGCACGACAAAGAAAAUGACGUAUGAGCACCUGAAGGACGUGAUCGAGGUUGCCGGCCGCUUUGACAAGUACCUUGACAAGCCUUAUGGCGGGUUUUCAGUAGAUCGGCUUGCAGAGGAUGACGGAUUGAGGCUUGCUUGA